AACUAGCAUAAAAAAACCUUAAAGAACGGGUUUUAUUUGACUAAAAAUUUGAUGAAAAAUACUUCUUUUUAUAAAUCACAUUGAAUAAAAAAUUCCAAUAUGUUUCUUUUUUUUUAACCUUUUCACAACAAUUAUAUAUACAUAUUUAAUUUUGUAUAUCAAAAAAAUAGCCUUGAGUACAUUUUAACUAUUUAUAUAAUUUAUUAAUUAGAAUUUAUAUUAAAUUAACAACUUUUAAUAUGUCCAUCAAAACCUUGUAUGUCCUCCAUAAAAAUAUAUUAUGAUUUCCAUUUAUAACCAAUCUCAUUUCCACCUAAAAGAAACAUUAUAAUUACGUUGAAAAACACAUUUUAAGACCUUAAAGUAAUAAUUUAUGUAAUCUACAAAAUAUUAUACAAGUAACUUAGUUGCAAUUCCGAAAACUUAAAAUCUAAAACACAAAUUAUUUGGUGUAGAAUAAUUAAAAAUCUUAAAACUGCUCCCCUGUAAAAUGUAGUUUUUGUGACAUACAACUUUUAGCCUCUAGAGUCUUAGCCAACAGUAUAUUAUAAAAGACAGCAUAUUAUUGCAUCUGACUAUGUCCUUUAUGCAUUCCUAAAUCGUUCAUCCGAUUUCGAUGAAAUUUGAUACAGAGAUAGAUUAGACCUUAGGAAAAAAGAUGAGCUACAUUUCAUCUCGAAAAAGGUAAAUAAGAGGUCCAAUCCGGGGAUGUUCUCUAAGGGGAUGUUCUAUUAUUAUUUUUGUUUAUAAAUGGUUGCUAUUGGUUUUAAUCAUAAUAAUAAUUAUUAAUGCGAUAAGCUUGUGUAUUAUAGUACAGAAUGUAUCAAGUUCGAACCACGGUCUCAAUAAACCAACUUUUUUGAAUUUUUUGAUACUUUAGAGUUAAAUCACAGAAUAACCAGAAGGCUCAUUUUUCUAGAAUUACAUGGGUUCUUAGUUCUUAUGGGGCCAUAAUAGAUUUGCAACACCUGUUGGGAUAUCAGCCUGUAUAGAGAUAAUAACCAACUGUACAAUCACAGAAUAUUCCGUGGUACCGUAUAACAACUUAUUGAUACAAUAAAUAUUGUACAUAAUUUUAUUGUACACGUGUUAUCUAAGUCAUGGCUAAAUAUAUAGGUAUGAUCGCACUGAGAAGCAUUUUCGUUAUGGGCUGCGCACGUACAAUCAUUGCAUGUUUUAGCAUGGCAAGGAAUCUCGGCUGGCAGUGAUUUUUGGAUUUAUUUAGCCAAGAAAUUAAUAAUUUGUAUGGUUUUGUUAGCAAAUAAAUCAAAGUGAUAAAAUUCACUGCCAGUGGCGGCUAUGACAACUGCGUAUCACAAAGUUGCGAUCAUACCUAUAUAUUUAGCACGAUUUAAGAUAUACAGGUUAAACAUCGGCCUAUAACGAAUAGUACUUUACGAUGACUGGUGAACCAACUAUCUGAAACAGCUGAGGGCCCAGAAUCACUAGCGCUCGUUGUGGUUUAAAUAUGUUAAAUAUAUAUAUAAUAUCAUAACAACAUAAACCACUUACCACGGUUAUCUGCUUUUGAUACCAAUAAUACCUAUAGUAUAUAGUAUUAUUGAAUCUUUAAGUUUGUCCUCAGGGUGCGCUAGUAUAGUACUGGGAACAGCUGUUUCAGAUAGUUAGUUCACCGGUAAAAUUAUGGGAGUUCGAUUCGCAACCUGUAUAAUAUUUUAAAUCGUGAUAUUUAGCCAUGAUCUAAGUGUUAUCUCUUUAUCUAAAAUGAUAAACAUAAAAAAUGUGUACUCAGUUUCAGCACCAAAAGAGAAUUUUUAAUUAUUUUAGAAUCCUGGCUACACUGAUAUCCCAAACUAUUUUCACUGAUUUUCGAGUUCUCUGGUGAGCCUUCUGGUUAUUCUGUGGUUAAACUAUACAUUUACAUACGCACCACGCGGGUUUCGUGAUCUACCGCCUACCUGAUAAUAUUAUAUUGCUUGCAUAACCACAAAAACUUAGCAGUAGCAACGCAUUGCCGUGUCUAGGUUAUUAUAAUAUUAGAUUCUGAUAUUUACAAUAUGUGUUUUUUUUUCUGUCUGUCAUCGAUAUUUAGGGUAGAUAAAAUGCUCCGAUUUUUACAUCAGCAUCUUUUCUGGUAGAAAAGUGGAAUCUAGUUGAUACUUUUGGGAGAACAAAAUAGAAAAUUCCAUGUAGUUUAAAAAAGCGUUGAAUUAAAUCAAGAACUAAUAACCAUAGACACUUGAUAUUUUAUUAGUAUUUUAUAUAUAUGGUAAUAUUUUCGAAUUAUUUUUAAGCCAUUUAUAGCCAUUAGAAAAUUUGUAACUUAUUUUUCAGUUAAGAAAUUUUAAUAGAAGAUUUUUAACAUGUUUUUCUACUUUUAUCAAAAAAAAGUUUACUGGAAUGUAUGUUUACUUCUUCUAUGGUAUACUAUACUCUAUUCCCCGUAAGUUGACCCACUCGCUCGAUGAAAACUGGUUGCUGCCGCGUUAGUGGUGAUCGCCGCCAGUAGCAGUGCCGACGAGCACUACCGAUCGCCAAAUAUCGCUGACCAAUCACAGACCGCGGGUCUGGACCAGGUGGUCUGAACGUUCUGGUGGCUAAGUAUGCAUGCGCGCAAGUGGUCCAACUUACGGGGAAUAGAGUAUACGACCAACUUAAGACGAUGACCGGGCCGCGGAUGAGUUUGCGUUCGUUUCGGUCAGAUCCCCGUCCCGCAGUCUAAACAAAAAUCACCCGCAUCUGAUUGGCUGACUGGUUUUUGACUAUUACAAAAGUACGAGGAAAUUUAGGAGGUGGUGGUGUUGAUAUUGGCGUGUCUUACCUGCGACCGCGAUUGGUUUGUGAACUGUUUGUAAAACUGAAGAAGGAAUAAACACGAUUAGUACCAAAAUAAAAACUGAAAAUGAUUUUAUCGAGAGUUUUAAAUUCGAAGGAACAGUUUUGAACGAUAAUUACUCUUCAGAAUUCAUUAGUUGUAUGAAUUCGGACAAGAGAUCAAAUUUAAAAAACAAUCAAAUAACCUGCAAUGUGUGUGGUAAAGAAUUUUCCAAUUCAAAUAAAUUUCAAGUUCAUAAGAAAUGUCAUACUAAAAAUGAUCGUUAUGAAUGCAACAUAUGCAAUGUAUCAUUUGAUUCAAAAGGACUUUUGACAAGACAUAUGAAGAUUCAUUUUAGUGAUAGAGAGCCUUUCAUAUGUGGCAUUUGUAAUAAAUCGUAUUACACUAAAUCAAAUUUGAAAUCACACAUACUGCUUCAUACUAAAAAUAUCCCGUAUAUAUGUGAUAAAGGAUUUUAUCAAGCAGAAAAUUUAGCAAAUCAUACUAAGGCCAAUGACAGAAAAAAAUCAUUUAAAUGUGAUAUCUGUGAUAAAGUAUUUUCUCAAGCAGGGCGUUUAGCAAAUCAUACUAAAGCCCAUGCCACAAAAAAUUCAUAUAUAUGUGAAAUGUGUGAUAAAGUUUUUGAUCAAAAAUGCUAUUUUGAACGCCAUAUGAGGACACAUACUGCAGAAAAAUCGUAUAAAUGUGAUAUCUGUAAUAAUGUAUAUUCUCGAAAAGAUUGUUUAAUAAAACAUAAAAAGAUACAUACUGGAAAAAAGACAUUUAAAUGUGAUAUCUGUGGUAAAGGAUUUUGUCAAGCGGAAACUUUAAAAUGCCAUAUGAGAACACAUACUGGAGAAAAACCGUUUCAAUGUGACAUCUGCGAUAAAUUAUUUAGUCAAACAUCAAAUUUAAAAAACCACAGAAUUACACAUACUGGAGUAAAGGCGUAUUCAUGUGAUAUCUGUAAUAAACUGUAUUCUCGACCAGACGUUUUAAGAAUCCAUAAAAAGACACAUACAGGAGAAAAGCCUUUUAAAUGCAAUAUCUGUGACAAAGGGUUUGCUAUUAUAUCAAAAUUAAAUUUCCAUAGAAAAAUACAUACUGGAGUAAAGAUAUUUAAAUGUUACAUCUGCAAAAAAAAGUUUGAUCUACCAGUAGAUUUAAAGGUCCAUAGAAAGAAACAUAUCAUAGAAAAGCCAUUUAAAUGUAAUAUCUGUGAUAAAAUAUAUUCUCUUGCAUAUGGUUUAAAAGUCCAUAAAAGGACACAUACUGGAGAAAGGCCAUUUAAAUGUGACAUCUGUGAUCAAAGAUUUUAUUUAACAGGAACUUUAAAAACGCAUAUGACGACACAUACUGGAGAAAAGUUGUUUAAAUGCCAUAUUUGUGAUAAAUUGUUUUCUCGAGCAGAUCAUUUAAAAAUCCAUACAAGGACACAUACUGGGGAAAGACCAUAUAAAUGCGAUAUAUGUGAUAAAGGGUUUAAUGGGUCAGGAGAUUUAAAAAAACAUAACAGGACACAUACUGGGGAGAAACCAUUCAAGUGCGAUAUGUGUGAUAGAAGAUUUUCUCUAUCAAGAAGUGUAAGAGUCCAUAAGAAGAAUCAUCAUGCUGAAGAAGUAAUUUAAAUGUAAAAUCUGUGAUAAAGUGUUUUCUCAACCAGACGGUUUAAAAUCCAUAGAAAGAUAUAUACUGAUGAAAAGCGUUAAAAGUUCAAUCAUUUAUCAUUAGUUCAAUUCUUAUAUCAAGCGGUUCCGGUACAUAAUAUGUUGCAACCCUCAGUUAAAUUCUGUGGGAACAGAGUAAUUUUAUAUUCUUUAUAUUGUUUGUUUUAACAAGCCAUUUUAUCCGUUUCUGUGUCUGUACAAUUUGAAUUAUACUUAAUGAAAUUAAUACCUUUGAAAUAUUUUAAUUUGUUUUUACAUUUAACUGUAAUACUAUUAUAUGGUGUGAAACACCAUUGCUUAAUUUAUAUUUUAUUCUUCUAUUAUACAUUUACGAAUAUUAUUUAAUAUA